CUCUCUGUAAAAUUAGCGAACACUGCAGCAAGAAGUGUGUGUGUGUCUGUGUGUCACGACCAAGAGCAAAAGAGCCAGUGGGGAUUCAUAUUUAUAAAACACAUCUCAUCCGGCUGGCGAACAGAUAUGGCAGCUAUUCGGAAGAAGCUGGUGAUUGUUGGAGAUGGAGCUUGCGGGAAAACAUGUCUUCUCAUUGUAUUCAGUAAAGACCAGUUUCCUGAGGUCUACGUCCCGACAGUGUUUGAGAACUACAUUGCUGAUAUCGAGGUUGACGGAAAACAGGUGGAGCUGGCAUUGUGGGAUACCGCAGGCCAAGAGGACUACGACAGGUUGAGGCCCCUCUCCUACCCCGACACAGAUGUCAUCCUCAUGUGCUUCUCCAUUGACAGCCCAGAUAGUUUAGAAAAUAUCCCUGAGAAGUGGACGCCGGAGGUGAAGCACUUCUGUCCCAAUGUUCCCAUCAUCCUGGUGGGCAACAAGAAGGACCUGAGGAAUGAUGAGCACACACGGAGAGAGCUAGCCAAGAUGAAGCAGGAGCCAGUGAAGAUAGAAGAAGGCAGAGACAUGGCCGGCAGGAUCAGCGCUUUUGGCUACCUGGAGUGCUCAGCCAAGACGAAGGACGGCGUGCGGGAAGUGUUCGAGAUGGCCACCAGAGCAGCGCUGCAGGUCCGCAAGCGCAAGAAGAGAGGCGGCUGCACGCUGCUGUGAGCAGUCCAGACACCAUGAAAUCAACUGACCAGGAGAAAAAAAAAACCCAACACACAUGAAAAGGACUGACCUAUUACCAAAUGGAUCUUUGUACUGUAUCUCGCAUUUCAUGACAACAGGCAGGCAGAUGAAUCGAACACAAACAAAUCUAGUACAGGAAAUGGACUUUGUCUAUUACAACCGUGGUUAGAAAUUGAUGUUUCAAAGUUCCUUAUUGAUUUACUUUUUCCCUCCCCCCCAAAAAAAAUCUGUCUUUACACACAGUAUGUUGUUUUUUUUUCAAACUUGAUUUUCUUCAUAUUUGUAAUGUAACAAGGCUGUGGUAGGUGCACAUAUUUGUAUGCAAUAUUGUUCUUCAUGAGUUCGGGCGAGCAGCAUCCUUCUUAGCUUGUAUAAAGUCUUCAUGAGUAAGGUCUUGUCCAAACAGUCCUGAAUGUCAAGUUCUGUUUGUUAUUGUAGCAGUCGUGAUAGAGAAUGAAAGUUGAUCUUUUUGACCAUAAGAGCUAGUGCCUUUUUAAGUUUGUACACCACCAUCUCUACAUGUUACGUUUGUCAGCCAGCUAACAUUUCAGCUGAGGACCCCUCCAUUGUACUGUAGCUCAUUUUACAGUGUUGUCAUUGUGAAACCUGAGCAAAGCCAUAACUUAGGCUGUCAGUGCUGGUGAAAACUCGUCAAGCACAAUAGUUACUUGUGUCAUUUUUGUCGGCAUGAAACAUCAGCUUUCCCCCGUCUACAUUCUCCAUUUUCAAUCAACUCACAUUGAGGAUAAAGACAGGCAGCUUCUUCUGCAACAUGAUAAACGGCCAAUCAGAGGCUUCCCUUUCUGUAGAAGACUGCACGCAUGCGUCCCUCAGAACCGUCGCUAAUCUGUGCAGUGGACCUCGAUGAGGGAGGAGGAAGGGAGAAGAGGCCAAACGAGACACAAGCCAAUAUGACUCAACUAUGCACAAUAGCUGUUUGGACCAACAGGGAGAUGACACAGCUGAAACAGAAAUCACAUGGGGGCCAAGGCCUGGUGACACCUCCCUUGUUUGUUUAUUGUGAGCGACUGAGUUCACCUCUUUUGCUAUACAACACAACCGAGCCUGUCCCACCCGCAGUUGGCAUCCAUGUGUCGGACUGGUUAGCCCAGUCGCGGAAAUCAUGUCUCAUUAGAGCUGUUAGCCUGUUUGCAUGUGGACGUUUCCAGUCGGGCGACAUUCUUUACAUGUUUGAGAGGAGCCGAGAUGUGUGUGAGCAGUUUGCUUUUUCCUGGUGCCUUCUCUGUUCUGGUGUGCCUUUAGGUUGUUCUCUCCCAGACUAGAUAAACUAGCUGCUGUGUGCCCGCCUGACACUGACUGACUGACAAGGUCAACCAUGACCUUUUCUGACAUGUUUUUGCAAGGCUCGGUUCAUUAAAUGCUUUGAAAAAAUGACAAACGGCGUCAUUAGUUUGCUAAAUUGUAUGCUGUCACAACAUAAAUAGUAAAAAAUUGUACGUAUGAGAACAGUGUCAUCUUUAUCAUCUUGGCACAUGAGCAAGAUUAUGCCAAUUUACGUCAUGCAGUUUUGUGUCAAGAAUUACAUAUUUCCUCAGCACCGCUGGGAAAAUAUGUCUGCAGCCAUUAAAGAUUCACUUUGUGAUGCAUUAGAGCUGUUUAUCGCUGCCAAAAGAAAAAGUUUUCAGAGUACAGCUCUAAAUAAGAUGAAAAUUGGACUUAUUCGUCCUUCUCUUGAUCUGUGUUGGUCUCGAUUCUUGGCAAGAAACAAGAACAGAUCGAGCGUACGCUGAAGUGUACUCAAAAAUAAGUUUCUGAGACAUGUCACAGACCGUCCACUGGUCCCAGUUUUUUUUCUUAUGUGUCCUCUCAGAACUUGACCUGAAAAUAUACUGGCUUCUUAUACAAAGCUUGAAAGGCCCAGCAACUGUCCUCAGGCACACUCUUCACAGCAUUCCUUCUCUCCGCCUGUGUUGCUCAUUCAUGUACUGUACAUGUCCCUUGGUUGCAUGGAGGGUGGAUUUUGAAACGUGUGUGGCAAAAACAAUGUCCUUGAUGUUGCAUGCAACCUUCUUACAAAUGCCAGUAAAAGGCAUCAAACCUUACCAGCUGGCAAGAUCUGUAUUAUAUUGUAAUGCAAAUUUAAACCCUCUGCUGGCCAAGCACAUGCUUUAGCUGAGUGAGCCAGUGGAGAGGCUACGACUCAGCUGAGGUGUUGUGAUUUUUUUUUUUCUUGUGUGUGUUUCGGAGAGGAGGCAUUGAUUACAAUCACACACCACAUAAAUGUUGUUACCUCAAAUCUUUUCGAGGGCGGACGCUACAUUUUAACUCUGGACUUUGUGCGUUAUUGCGGACAAGAAGCACAUUAUCGAGGCGAGGAGAGUCAGAUUCAUAUCAACUCAAGAUUUUUGAAAGGCCUUCUGUUAAGCGUCUCACAGCCGCAGCAUGAUGUUCAUGGGUCUCAACAAGCUCGGCGCCAAGGAAUUCUUAGGAAUUAGAGGUCGGCGGAGACAGUCGACUAAGUGUCACAGCUGGAAGCACAGCGUAAUGAUGAAAGCAUUCCCACGGAGCAGCGGAGGGUCUCGUGUUGAACAUAUCACUAAGAGCAUGUACUAUACUGCUGUUAAUGUGUAUGCAGAUAAUGUCCCGCUAAAUCAGAAGUUGUCCCUACAAUGUCGAUGCAUGCAUGAGAAAACCGUGGGUCUUUACUGUGCGCACACACACACACACACACACUUAUAUACACAAGCACUAACACGCACACCUCUUUUGGAACAGCUUCUGCUCAGUGUCGUGUAACUUUUUCUUUCUUUCUCUGGAAGUAUUUGAAAUUAUAACGGAUCCAGAUUUAUAUAAAAAGCUCAUUGUAAUAAUGCUUUGUAAACAGAAAGUGUUCUAGUGAAUGUUUGAUCUGAAGUGAACAUGAACAUUGUUAAUAAACUAUUUUUGAGACAAGACA